UGCUCAGCUCACACGAGCAGAUCCACUCCAGUCUCAUCCAGCAGGAGCCCGGCUGCUUAUCUUCUGACCAGCAUCAGUGAUUCGUCCGCUCCGAGACGCAGCUGCGCUUUUGCAACUCGCGCUCAUGUGAUGCGCUCAGCGGAGAGAGAGACGCACUUUGGAGCCUCAGUCUAGAACCUAGAUCAGACCCUGCGAGCGGCUGAAGGGAGCGAAGCAUGGAUCCGUGUCAGCGCCUGCUCGUCCUCCUCCUCUUGGGCUGGAGCUGCCUGAGCUGUGGAUUGUGUGCCAUGCUGAAAGAUCACAUCGCCGGACUGGCCCUGGACGCGGAUUUGGGCUACUCGAAGAAAACGGCGCAGGACACGGUGUCCGAGCACAUGCAGAUGCUCUACGCCAAAUACAACAGCGCAGGCUUUCCGCUCAAAGACGGGAAUACAGUCCGCAGCUUUAAAGCCCAGCCGGGCACCAUCAACAAGAAACAUCUUCAGAUCUUCAACCUAACGUCCCUGGCCAAGUCAGAAGAUGUUCUGUCAGCAACUCUGCACUACUACAUCGGUGACCUGCAGAACAGCAGCCGCAGCUGCUCGAGGCCUAAGAGCUGCCACCAUGGCCUCCGACGGCAAAGUCACAUUCACUUCAGCAUCUGGAGUUUUGCAUCCAUGGAUAACAGGACCAGGACUCUUGGCCACUUCCUUAUUAAUAUAUCGUCUACAUACCGGGACUUUAUAUCCUGGCAGUGGAAGGACAUCACCCGCGUGGUCAACCAAGCCAAACAUCACCAUGAGCUUCUGAUCGGCAUCGCAAUCGAUUCCCAAGGACGGCAACCUCAGAAGAAGUUCCUGUUGGACCGUAAACCAUAUAUCUUGGUUUACGCCAAUGAUUCAGCCAUCUCUGAGCCUGAGAGUGUGGUGACCACACUUCAGAGACACAAAGGGAGCUUAGUGCCUGGUCUUCACAAACUCGGACUACGCAACCGCAAUAGCUCUUCGCUGCACAGGACGAAGCGCUCGGCCAACAUUCUUCUGCCACUGCAGAACAACGAGCUGCCAGGUCCUGAGUAUCCCUAUGAGAUCCACACCUGGGAAGAGACCAGUCCAUAUGACCCCAUCGAGAGCAAGCCAGCCAAGCGGCCCCGCAAGAAACCUCGCAAGAAACAGGGCCACAAAAACCCACUGCUGCAGUUUGACGAGCAGACCAUAAAGAAAGCAAGGAAGAAACAGUGGAACGAGCCAAGGAACUGCGCCCGCAGGUAUCUGAAGGUGGACUUUGCUGACAUUGGAUGGAGUGAAUGGAUUAUCUCCCCCAAGUCGUUUGAUGCCUAUUACUGCUCAGGAUCCUGUCAGUUUCCAAUGCCUAAGUCUCUGAAACCUUCGAACCACGCCACCAUCCAGAGCAUUGUCCGGGCAGUAGGAGUGGUUCCUGGCAUUCCAGAGCCGUGCUGUGUUCCUGAGAAGAUGUCCUCCCUCAGCAUCCUCUUCUUCGAUGAGGACAAGAACGUGGUCCUCAAAGUCUAUCCAAACAUGACAGUGGAUUCCUGCGCUUGCCGAUAAUGCCUUAUGCUUUCUGGCCCCCC